AUGAGAAUAUUAAGCUUACUCUGCUUCCUUGCAGCAGUAUCUGCUGCAAUUGUGGGUGUUGAUCUCGGUCACCAGAACACAAAAGCCAUCAUGGCUGCGCCAGGUAUUUCGUUUGAGAUCGUCUUUACUGACGAAGGCAAAAGAAAGGACUUCUCUGCCAUUUCCUUGAAACCGAAGAUCAAGGAUGGAGUAUUGGAUAAUGCAGAAAGAGUUUACGGCUCGCAGAUAGGGUCGCUCUGCUCUAGAUUCCCAGAAUCUUGUGCUGCCAACAUAAAGGCUCUCUUGGGUAAAACCAUUGACGAUCCUGCCGUGAGAGACUACUACGCCAGCCACUUUGGCGUGUCAUUGGCGGGUGACUCCGACAGAAAGAGCUCUGUCGUGUUUGAAUUCGGUUCUGACUCGGACAAGUCAUCAUUUUCUGUCGAGGAGCUUACCGCAAUGUACUUGAACCACUUGAAGGAGCGUGUGCUCAAGGUGUUGUCCAAUCAACGUCGUGCUAAGGUAAUUGCCGAGGAUAUCACCGUUUCCAUAGGUCCAUACGCAUCCCAGCACGUCAGACUUGCGUACUUGGAGGCCCUUCAAUUGUCUAACUUCUCGUCUGUAUUAGGCUUGGUAGAUGAAGGUACUGCGGUGGCUUUGAGUUACCUCACGGACAAGAAGCUUACCGAGGAGGAAUACGACGGCAACACCAUUUACGAGGUUAUUUAUGAUGUUGGUGCUGGAUCCACCACUGCCACCUUGUUCUCGUACACCCCACAAAAGAAUGGCCGGACUGUGUUAGAUAUUCAGUCUGUGGGCUUUGACGAAGGCUUUGGUGGUGAAUUCUUGACUCGCUCUGUUUACGAUAUUCUCUACGCCAAGUUUGCUCAACAAUUUGGCGUGGAUGAUGAAUUCCAAUUGCCUCCUAAGUUGGCUACCAGAUUGCUCGCUACAGCGGAGAAGGCUAAGACCAUUUUGUCGGCCAAUUCAGACUACAGAGUAUCAUUGGAGUCAUUUUACAACGACGAGGAUUUCAAGGCUUCGAUUACCAGGGAAGAAUUUGAAUCUUACAACUUUGACGUGGUCGAGCGUGCCAUAAAGCCAAUUCUCGACGCCUUGGAAAACGCCCAUGAUGGUCCAAAGACUGUCGCCGAUAUCAAGUCUGUGAUUUUAAACGGUGGAGCUACCAGAACUCCAUUCAUCCAGAAGCAAUUGGUGGCAUUGUUAGGCAGUGAGGAGAAGAUUGCCAAGGUCGUCAACACCGACGAGGCCUGUGCUUUGGGAACGUCCUUCAGAGCUUACCAAUUAAAGGCUAUCAACUCUGAAAGUGAGGUUAUGGUCAAGGACCGUAUUUUCAGCAACUUCGAAGUUGGUGUCAACGACCCUGAUACUCCUACCGUUAUAUUCCCCAAGGGUUCUGUUGCCGCAAAUGAAACCGAGAUUUCGUUGGGUCCAAUCACUGAGGACUCCAUUGAGAUCGGUUUGUACGAGAAUGGUGUUUUGUUCAAAUCUUUCCCUAUUUCUGGUCUCACCAAGAAGGCCCUGUCAUUGAAGUGUGCCAAGAAUGAGUCCGAACUCUUCGCUACUUUCUCCGUUGAUCACAGUAAGGUGUUCCACUUGGAUAACUUGGCUGUCAAGUGUACUGAGAGUGAAUCUUCUGGGGAAUCAGAGGAGAGCACAUCUUCAGCUUCUAACUCCACGGCCAAGAAGACCAAGGCCAAAUUGCCUGCCAGGGUCCCAAUUCCUUCUGCUAAGUACGCUUCCAUCAGACCUUUCACCUCCCCAGAAAGACAGACUAUAAUCAAGAAGUUGGACUUGUUGAAGCAGAGAGAUAAUGAGAAAGUAGUAUUUGAAGAGCACAAGAAUCAAUUGGAAAGCGAGUGUUACCAGUUACGUUCAUACAUCGAGGACAACCUUGAAACCCUUCUCUCCGAGCUUCAGGAGGAAAAUGUUGAGGCUAUUAAGGAACUUGCAUCUGAAACUGUGGAAUGGUUGGAAUACGACUCUGAUGCAUCUUUGCUUGACGAGGUUAAAGAAAAGCAUGCCUCAAUUAAGAAACACAAGAAGGAUAUGGAAAAUGUGAUCAAGAUGCUUGAGGCCGACUUGUCUUUGCCAGCACUUGAAGGAUUGCUCGACGAAGGUAAUGAGGUUGCCAAUACCAUCCAGGAUUACUUGUUAGAGUAUGGUAAGCAAAUCAGCUUGUUGAGAGACAAGUAUAAAGAAGAUGGCUUCGACUUUGACAAGGAGAAUGAGAAGAUCAUGAAGCAGAUUUAUGGAUCUCAGAAGUCGGAGGCAUUCAAGUUGGAUGCACAUUUCUCGACUUUUAAGGAGGGAUUGAAGAAUCUCUCGGAAUUGGUCGCCAUUCCAAAGUCCAAGUUCGAAAAGAUCCCACGAAAUGAUGUGUUUGCUACCUCUAAUAUCAUCAGUACGUUGUUGAUGGAAAUGAUGGAGGAUAUUGUCACAUUACAGGCCAACCACGAAAAGAGGGUCAACUAUUUGUUGGACCAACAUGAGAAAUUGCUGGUGAGAAGAAACCAGAGGGAAGCCAGAAAAAAGAUGAAAGAGGCCGAAAAGGCUGAGGCUGAGAAAGCCAGGGCCGAGGCUGAGAAAGAGAAAGCCGAGAAGGAUGUCGAGUCUGAAACCCCAGAGGCACCAGUUGUUGAGGACAUUCCAAGUGAGUCUUCCUUCGCUGAGACCGUGGAACUGAGCUCUACGCCUUCUGGCGAGUCAAGCACUUCUGAGGAGGUUGCUCACGAUGAAUUGUAA